CUCUGCGCUACCAACUUCUCAUUCAGAUUACCAGUUUAUCCUAAUCUUAUACCUGUGUUAUCCCCGAUUUUUGUCAAUUCCUUUGUGAAUUAAAAGUAAUCAUGGACUGUAAUACAGAAACCAAAUCAUCCAUUGAAUCAGAAAAACUUCAUAAAACAAAAGAGAAAACCAACAGACAAACAGCUAUUUGUGCUAAUUUUGACAAAUCAAUUGUCUUAUGGAGUCCAGGCGAUAUUGGCAGUAUGAUUUUACAUGAAGGUUUUGAUCUACAUAAAAUACCUAAGAAUUACCUUACAAGAAAAUCAUACAUUGAAAAACUUAUCUAUCAUGCUGCAAUGUCAGAUUCAAUGAAAUCUCCUUUUGCUGGAUUCAAAAUAGCCAAUGAUUAUUUAAAAGAACUAGGUCAUAUCGAUGUGAUCAGUGGAAUCAAAACAUUCAAGUCAUUUAUUCGAUCAUUUUUCAAAAAUAACAGUCGUACAUCAACUAUAAUUCAUAGAAUAGGAAGAACAUGGCUUAUGAAUGAAUUCGAUAUUGAUUCAUUCUUGUUAUCUGGAGGUGAAUGUCGUGAAUGGUUAUGGCUUCGUGAAUUUCUAAAGAAGGAGGAUUAUCGUUUGUGUUCUCACUCGUUGUCACGUAAUGUAUUGAUUUCACAUGAUCUUGAAUCGAAAUUUCUAUAUCAUACAGUUUUUCAAUCACCUGAACUUGGCUUAAGAAGAAUACGAAUGUUGCAAUCAAAUGACAAUAACUAUUCUGAAAAUGAAACUACUAAAGAAGUUGUUUGUAUUGGUUCCGAUCCAAAUUCUGUUGAAAUUGAACAGUCAUCUAUAGUAGAUGCCACAUUGACACCAUCAUCAUUAGAUGAUGUAGUGAAAACUAACAACAAUACAGGAAAUAAUAAUAAUAAUAAUAAUGGAAAUGGACAAUUUUGGUCAUCAUGGGUUACAAAUCCAGAUCAAUUUCUUCACACCGCUGAAUGGCAAUUAAAAGAUCUCAGUUUUAUUGUAGGCUCUGAUAUGCCCAUAUUCGGAACACCGAAACAUCCUUGUAUUAGUUUAAAAUUAAGUCCAUUACAUGAAUCAAUUAAUGUUUUGACUGGUAUAGAUGUAUGGCUUGAAAAUAUUAUCAAUGAAGUCCCUGAAGUGGCUAUGUGUUAUCAUCAUGAAGGUAUUGUGAUGCAAGAGUAUGAAAUUUAUAAAACAUGUGAAAUUCCAUCGAUUGUUGGAUUUGAAACUGAACAAAUUGAUCAAAUUAUACGUAAUUUAAUUAUGUUUUUAAAACGAAAUGCAACACAAGAAGGUCAUACAUAUUGGCUUGUGAAAGAACCUGGACUAGGCGUUGUUAAACUAUACGAUUUGACAACUUUAGGUUAUAAAGAAUUUUUAAAUAAAUGUUCAGAAGAACCUAAUGGUCGAGAAGCUUACAUGAAAGACAAUAAUCCAUUCAUCUUACCUGUUGCAUCAUUAUGCUAUAAAUUAGCUGAAAUUCGUGUUAAAGAAUACAUAAAUUAUCGUGAAACACAAAUUUUCGCAACUUCCUCAUCAUCAUCAUCAACAUCAUCACGACGACAACAAUAUUCCACGGAUAAUUAUGAUUUUAAUGAAACUACUACAGUGAUGGAUGCUUUACGUUUAUUAAAAAAUUGUUUAAAUUUAAUAUCAGUUCAUGAAAAUAUUUUCAAUGUAUCAGAUCUAUCAAAUUUAUCUUUUAAUGCAUCAUCACCUGGUAUACAAGAUUUAAAAUAUCGUGCAGUAUUAUUAUUAUGUCGAUUGUAUUUAAUUACACCUACACAUGUGAUUAUGACAUGUUUUAAAGAAUUACAAGGAUUAGUUUGUUCAAGUAAAGAAACUGUUAGUGUAAAUAUUGAACAAUUUGGAAAAUAUAUGAAUUCCACAGAAUUGAAUACAUUUGAAAAUGAACAACAAACUACUGAUUCAACAUUAGUUUCAAUUCAUUCAAAUCGUAAUUAUUUAGGUUCAAUGAUUAUUGAUGCUCUGAGAAAAUCCAAUACAUCACAACUUUCUGAAUUAGCUAUAUCAAUUCUUGGCUCGUUCAAUCGUAAUCUCGCUUAUGACCAUCAUCAUCAUCAUCAGCAUCAAUCUAAUUUAACUAAUACAAAUGAUCAUGAUAAAAUGCUUGCACCAUAUUCUUCCUCUGGUUCAUCGUCAUCAUCAUCAGCAGUAGAUCAUCAUAAUGACCAUAUGAUGGGGAAUAAUACCAAUGACAUGAAUGAUUCACAAACAUAUUCUUUACCAUUUGCUGUAUUAAAAUCGUAUAUUGCUAAAUCAGAAGAAUUAUGGUUUACAGUCUAUCAACAAAUGCAUCAUACUGAUAUUACAUUGGAUCCAGUUGUAAUUGAAUCAUUACAUAUGAUAUUUAAGUAUACUUUGCCAGCUUUAAUGCUUCUUGGUAAGUAA